UGAUCUGUGUUCAGUGUGACACAGAGAUGUUAACCCUGCUGCUCAAAGUCGUCUUCAUUGUCUCUCCUUAUUUGUGUGCAGAUCUCCAGCCUGUUUUAGGAAGUUCCUUUACGUUUCGACAAAACUGUAAGACCGACGAAGAAGGAAAACUGCUCCGGGCUGAGCCCCAUGGGGAGGUGGAGGUGGCUGUUCACCAGCGCGGUGUGUGGACACCUGCCCGGGGCUACCGAGGCCGGAUCUUUCGAAACUCGUCCAUUUUGUUCAGGCGCAUAUUUUACAAUGACAGUGGCUUUUAUUUAUUAAGAUGCGACAGCCAGGAGAUGCGCAUCCAGGUUAAAGUUCUGGUUCCCUUUAAUGUCACCGUGAAAGAGGGAGAAAAAGCGACACUGCCGUGCCGUAUUCCGUCAACUACCGACAACAAGUGUCUCUCUGUACGAUGGGAAAUAAAAAAGCAGGUUGUGUUUGGGUGGAAUUCCUGCACAGACAAAGGUAACGGGACUGCUGAUGGAUCCUUAAACCUGCCACACGUGAGGAAGGAACAUCAAGGAUAUUAUUUCUGUCAUAAACAAAAUGAAGACGGAGAGAAAUAUGGGGAUCCAUCUGUCGUGAGGCUGAAGGUCAAGGGGAAAGACCGGGAUGGCACAUCAGCGAGGACCCAUGUGUGUUUCAUGUCAUCCCCGAUCUGCUGCGAUCACAGACGGGACAGACAGCGCGCAGCAACGCGCCUAAAGAUCCCAAAGCGCAAGUGCAUCUUUCAGACGAACUGCAAAAGAAAUUGCCCUCGUACCGACACACUACUGAAAAUCCGGCAGGAGAAUCGACGAAAAACGCGAGCAGCCACGAGCAGAGGAGGAACUGCGAGCCUGGAAAAUUGAUCUUUCCAGUCAGUGCAGUGGAUGAGAUUUGGAUUCCGGGUCUUGAGAUCCUGCGCUCACCAGCGGCUGUCACCGGUUUAAUAUGUUUCUGGUAGCUGCAUAUUUUCAGCGUCUAAAAAAUAUCUCUGAAUGUGUUUGAGGAUGCAGGAAAUUCAUAUUAAUAUAAAUUUUAUUCCGUUCAUUUAAUCUUGAAGUUUGCAUUUCUGAAAAAUUCCGUCAAUCCCGUUAUUUAUUUAACAUUUUAUCCAACUGGCAUUUGUAUUUAUACAGACUAUGUCAGUAUCAGUGAAUGUCUAUUCAAUGAAUGUCUGAGUAAAUAAUUAAAAAUAAAUAUUCUUUACUCGACAUGCAGUCCUUCUGUUAACACUUGUAUUUAGUCCCGCAGUGCUCUGUCAUGUCAAUUCAACGCGAAAAACGAAAUCACAUCAACAUUUAAACGUUUUUAAA